AUGUCACAAACUCUUGAUCUGUCCCUAUUGAAGGGGUCUCUUGAGCAAAGAGAUGCAGUUUCAGCAGCUCUACUACACACACUUAAAACGCGUGGAGUAGCCAAGCUAAAGAACCAUGGGCUCCCCGAAGAUUUGAUUACCAGGAUGUUUGACUAUACCCGUCAAUUCUUCUCUCUUUCACUGGAGGAUAAGAUGACCGCCAAACAUCCACCUGCCGCAAACCCAAACCGUGGAUACAGUUUUGUUGGCCAGGAAUCAAUUUCUUCUAUUAGUGGCUAUGACAAAGGCCUCCCCCAAGGGAAGUCAGUUCGGGAUAUCAAGGAAACCCUCGACAUGGGCUCCCCACACGACAGCCUUGUAGACAACAUCUGGGUCGCCGACGAGAAACUUCCCGGCUUUCGCAAAUUUAUGGAGGAUUUCUAUGCCAGCUGCUUCGAGGUCGAAUUGGAGAUUCUUGAUGCGUUGGCCAAGGCCCUUGAGAUUUCGGCAUCAGACCUCAAGCUAUUACACAACAAGGCUGAGAAUGAGUUCCGUCUGCUUCAUUAUCCAGCUGUACCGGCAUCAGAUCUAGCAGAUGGAACCGCCACGCGAAUUGCAGAACACACAGACUUUGGUACGAUCACCAUGUUGUUUCAAGAUUCCACUGGUGGUUUGCAGGUCGAAGAUCAACAGAAUCUGGGGAAUUUCCAUGAUGUUGAGUCCGGGGGUAAGUCUGAGAUCAUUUUGAACAUCGGCGACUCGCUUCAGCGCCUGACCAAUGACACAUUCAUGGCCGCAUGUCACCGGGUUACCUAUCCGCCCACCGUCAAAGUUGGAUCUGACGAGAUGAUCCCCGAGCGCUAUUCAGUUGCCUACUUCGCGAAGCCGAACCGUAUCGCUUCCUUGUUUCCUUUGAACAAGUUCAUCACACCUGCUACUCCGUGCAAAUACGAGGACAUCACGGCCUGGGACUACAAUAAUCUGCGAAUCGCGAAGUUGUUCUCCUAA